AAUAUUGUAUAAAUAUUAUUAUACAAAUUAGAUAUAUUUAAUAUUAAGUUAAUAGUGAAACAAUUAGCUAGUCUUUAAUUCUAAUAAUCUAAAUAUUUAAAAAAAAUUUUAUCAAUAUGACAUCAUUUUUAACUGAUGUAUUAGUUACAGCAGGAAAAUUAGAAAAAAUUAAUUUACAUGAAAAAAUAUCAGAAAUACAGAAAGAAAUAACAAAAUUAAAAUAUGAUGUCAAAGAUUUCAUGGAUGAUAAUUAUGUUGAAUUUACAUCAAAACUUACAAGAGAUCAGCAUUUGGUAUUAAAAGGAGAAAAAUUACUUGAGGAAAUGAAUGUAUUGCAAAAGAGAAUAGAUGAUCAUGUCAAAAUAGAAUUAUCUGGUUCCACAAAAGAAUUAAAAACUCUUUCUCAAGCAUUAAAAGAAUCAAAUAUUAUGUUACAACUUUCUAAUCAACUUUUAAAUUUACAUGAAUGUAUUAAAUCUAUUAAAAAUUAUCAAGAAGAAAAACUAUAUGUGAAAGUAGCUAAAACAUUAUGUCAUAUGCAAACUAUUUUGUAUAAUUCACAAACUGAUUUACGUGAUCUUGAUAUUUAUACAGCAAUUGAAGAAGAAUAUUUAAAUCUUUAUACAUCUUUUUUAUCUGAUACAUUGUCAUUAUUACAUGAGCGAAUUUGUUGGACAGGUAUUGAUGAUCAAAAUGCAAAAGCUGUUUCAUUAAGUAUAAAAAAUGAAUUCGAUGAUAUACAAGAUUUAAUUCAAAGUUUGCAUCAUAUUGAUAAUCUCUCAAAUCAUUUGCAUAAAUUUUCAAUAACACUUAUGGAUUAUAUAAUUAAUCCAAUUAUUAAUGACGAUUGUUCUGUAUAUGUAAUUGGUGAAAAAGUUUUCACAGUCGAAAUAUUUAAAAAAAAGAAAUCGUCUGGUUAUAAAAGUGUGCUAUAUAAUUUAGAAUUAUUGUUUAAGUUUCUUCAUCAGCAUUUUCAAUUUACAAUUUAUGAUGAUAAAACAUUCCUGAAAGAAAUACAACCUCAUUUGCUUGAACAAUUGUCAAUAUCAUUAAAAAAUGAUUGUAUCUCACGAAUUACACCAACAUCAAGUGCCGAUUUAAAAAAUUUCACACCUAUUGUUCAGGCAAUCAAUGAUUUUCAAUACUUCUUGGUUAAAAUUGGUUUUAUUACAAAUGAUCAACUUUUUUUAUCAGAAUAUACAAAGGAUAUUGAUAAACUCUUUAUAAAAAAAAUUUGUCAAGAUUUAUUAGCAAAAGCACGAAAUAUUAUGAAGAAAGAUUUACAUGAUUCUAUUAUAUAUGAACCACAGGAACCACUUGAAUUUUUAGAAGAUACAGAUGAUUACAAUGAGAUAAAAAUUAAUAAAAAAAUUAAUGACAAUACUUUUCAGCUUCCAAAAUGCCAAAUAAGUAAAAAUGCAAAAGAAAUACUAGAUCUCGCAAGAAAUAUCUUGGACGAAGCUUGUUGUAGUUCGGAUACGUGUGCGAUACAAUUAUUUUAUACGUGUAGAAACUUUUUUGAAAUGUAUGCAGGAUUGGUACCAGAACAUCAUCGAAAAUUUUUAGAAACGAUACCGCAACAAGUUGCUAUGUUUCAUAACAAUUGUAUGUAUCUUGCACAUCAUCUUCUCACAUUAGGAUUCGAAUAUAAAGAUAAAUUACCGAAAUCCUUGCAAAAUCUUAAUUUAACUUUUGCGGAUCAAGUAUUAGUAUUAAGAGAUGUUGGAUCAUCAUGUUUUUUAGAACAUAUGAAAUACCAACGAAAUAUUAUUUUUGAUAUUCUUAAAGAAUCUGGUUUAUCUGCAUUGGGUCAAACUUCUGAAUUGCAUCCUAAUACUGAACGUGCAAUGAGACAAUGUAAUAGGCAAUUAGAAUUACUGAAAACAGUUUGGCUAGAUGUAUUACCUGAGAACAUUUAUUGUAGAGCUGUAGGAUGCAUUAUGAAUUCAAUGAUUGAAGAUUUAAUAAUCAGAGUACUAUCUGUUGAAGACAUUCCAGCUGAUGUUGCAACUGAAUUAGUAACAUUAUUUAAUUUAAUUGUUAAGCGUGCACCACAAAUAUUUCCGGAUCAUCAAAAGAUUUAUCAAUAUGUUAAAAAAUGGGAAAAAUUUUUAGAAUUAAUUCAAGUAUUAGGUGCAUCACUCAAAGAAAUCGAAGUUAGAUGGGAUAGUGGUAAAGGACCACUAGCACGAGAAUUUACAGCAUCCCAAGUUAAACAAUUAAUUAGAGCAUUGUUUCAAAAUACUGAACGCAGAUCAAAUUUAUUAAUUAAUAUAAAAUAAUAUUAAAUUCAAAAAUGUAUAUAUGAAAUAAAUGAUUUGCAUUUAUUAAUUUUUAUAACAAAUUAUCAUUAAUGUUAACAAUUGAUAUGAAAAAAUAAUAUGAUUAAAUUCAUUUUAAGUUAUAUUUGUUACUUGAUUAUAUUGUUAAUGUUAACAUAUCUUUUAAGAUUUUUAAAUUUUGUUUUUGUAUUUAUAUUGUAAUACUUACGUUAAUACCCCAAAUAUUACCGAAAUUAUUGACAGGGUAUAAAAAUGUAUAAAAAUCAUCAUUUAAACAUUUUUUUCAUGUAUUCAUUAGAAUACGAAUUACUACCUAUUAGUUAUGUAUAAACUUUGAAUAUACCAAUGAUAUUCAAAUAUUGUGAUUAUUGCAAAAUGUUUUCAAAUUUUUUUAUCAAUCCAAAUAAGAAAUCGAUAAAUAUUGAAAAUUCUAAAAAAGUAGGCAAGCAGGCAAGCAGGGUGGUGGAUAGUAGUGAGAGCAAAUCAUUUAAUUGAUAUCCAAUUUCAUAUCAUUUACAGCAAUGGCAAACAUUAUUACCACAAUUUUCUUCUUUCACUUGAAUAUCCAUAUAAAUACUCCAAAGUUUCCAAAUGCAAUACUAUUUCUGCACAUAUAUUCCAAGGCCAUAGUUUGAAUUAUCUAUAAUAAAUCAAUUUUGCAGCUUCUUAAACUUUGAUUUUGCAAGCCGUAUAAAAA